AUGGUGGACCAAGAGGCCUUAGAAUCGGUAUUAAGCACCCCUGAUGAUGACGAGGACAAGGGAUUUGUUCGUCUAGUUCAAGUGGGAUGGGAGCCGGAGGAGCUAGAUAAGGAUGAGUUUAGGGAACGCAAUGGAGCCGAUCUAGAGGAGGAGCCACUGGAGGGGUGUACCGAACAUAAUGUGGGUUGGAUGAAUGUGCGCUACCGUGGUGUAGAGGUGUUAUUCGUCUAUAUGACUGAUUCUAUUCUCUGGGAUAUGUAUUAUUCUCGAUAUUCGGAAAUUCAGAAACUGCGGUAG